AUGUCUACAUUUGUUGAUGACAUUGAAUUUAAGAAAAAUCCAGAUCCCAAAAUCAAUGAAAAGGAAAAACAUAUAGUCAUUGUGGGUGCAGGUAUUAUUGGUGUGUGCACUGCCUAUUAUUUAACCAGACACCCAAGUUUUGAUUCCAAGAAACACCACAUUACUAUUCUGGAAAGUAAAAGAGUAGCUGGUGGUGCUAGUGGUAAAGCUGGUGGUUUACUAGCCACCUGGGCUUUUCCGCAACAAAUUGUUCCAUAUUCCUUCCAAUUGCACCAAGAGCUAAGUGAUGAAUACAACGGUGAAACUAACUGGGACUACAGAAGAUUAACCACCGUUUCAUUAGAAGCUGAUGUACAGGAAGAUAAUGGUUCUUCUGAAAGUAGAACUAACAGCGAAAAAGAAGAGGAGGGAAAAUAUAGUUUGAGUGUUCCCCCUCCUUCUAAAAAAAAGAGACAUGAUAGUAACAAUGACAACUCAUCGAUCACUUCUUCUGGCUCUAAUACUUCUAGCAGUACUAGUUCCUAUUCAGAUCCAGACUCUAGUAGCUUUAGUGACAGCUUAUCAUUUAUAGAGGAAGAUGACAAUAGAAUGAAUAGGCAAAUUACAGAAAAUCUUCGUCAAGACAUAUCACCACCUCAACAGAAACAGCAGCAACAGCAACAGCAAAAUAAUGAAGGUAACAAUGGUACUUCCAGUAGUGGUAUGACUAACAGUAAUCCCUUGCCAGAUGAUUUGACUUGGAUUAAAAAAAAUUUAAUAAAAGAUUGGUCUAGCUUGGGUGGUACCGACUCUACUGCUCAAGUUCAUCCCUAUAAAUUCACACAUUUUCUACUAAAACAAGCUAUGGAGACAGGUAGCGUGGAUUUAAUCUUGGGUAAGGUCCAAAAAAUAUUAUUUGAUUCUGACUCCGGUGUGGCCAAGGGUUGUACUUAUAUACCGACCGAUGAUGAUGACGAUAAUGAUGAUGAUGAUGGAGCUAAUGUAUCACCACGUACCGAGAUAGACAUAUCUGCCACCCACAUCAUAUUGUGCAUGGGUCCAUGGACUUCCAAACUAUUACCCGAUUGUCCUAUCUCCGGAUUAAGAGCACAUUCUAUCACAAUAAAGCCAAGCACGGGUACUGUUUCUCCAUACGCUAUAUUCACUGAACUACAAACCGGCCCUAAUCAAUUUUUCUCUCCUGAGAUGUAUGCUAGAAAGGAUGAAGUCUAUGUUUGUGGUGAGGGGGAUACACUGGUAUCUUUGCCUGAGUCAUCUGAUGAUGUAGAGGUAGUCAAAUCUAAAUGUGAUGAAUUAUAUUAUUAUGUAAGCAAAUUGUCCCCUCAUUUGAGUGAUGGUCAUAUUUUGAAAAGACAAGCUUGUUAUUUACCUGUUUUAAAUGUUCCAACCAGUAGUGGUCCAUUAAUAGGUGAAACUAACGUUGGUCAAUUGUAUGUUGGUUCAGGGCACUCAUGUUGGGGUAUUAAUAAUGCGCCUGCCACAGGUAAAGUUUUAGCUGAAUUGUUGUACGAUGGUGUAGCUUCUUGUUGCGAUAUUAGUGCUUUAGAUCCAAGUUUGUAUUUUGAUGCAAGUGUAUUUGAUUAA